CUGUGUCGUACGACAACCCCCGGUCGGUGCUCGCGGCUUCUUUGCACAACUAACUUGGUGCCCAGGAAGACAUGUUGCCCCUCCAAUGCCUGCUGUUUGGAGCCCUGGGCCUUGCUUUUGUUACAGCGGCAAGGGCGACGCAGUUCGGUGAAUGUCAGCGGGGAUUGCAACCGUCGAAUAGCUCGGCCGUUCCUUCGUUCGUCAUCAAUUUGGACUUGUCGCCAGCCGAGAGAUGGAAAGAAGUUGCGACGGCAAAGCGUCGAGAGGUUUAUCGGAUGCAUGAGGCACUCAUGAACCUACUUGGUUCUAUCUUCGGAGGUCGAAUUUUGUCACUCGUUGACAAAGACAUGCCCAAGCUUCUCCAGAGCCUGCCUUGGACUUUCAGGGAAGAAAUGAAAGCUCUGUCAAAUCUAACUGGACUGCCUUUAGGCGAAGUUAUCCUUUACAAUGUUUUCUACGAGUUCUUCACAGUCUGCACUUCAAUUGUUGCAGAAGACCUCAAUGGGAACUUGUAUCAUGCCCGGAAUCUUGACUUUGGACUUUUCCUCGGAUGGGACAGGGAGAAUCAUACCUGGGCCAUGACAGAAACGCUUAGACCGACAGUGGUCGAAUUGGACUUCCAGAGAUCUGGAAAGACUGUCUUCAAGGCCGUCAGCUUUGCAGGUUACUUGGGCGUGCUGACUGGCGUUAAAAAGGGUGCCUUCUCGUUGACGAUCAACGAACGCUUCAGUUUGAAUGGCGGAUUUAUUGGCCUGCUUGAGUGGAUUCUCGGCGACCACAGUCAGCAUUGGGUUGGGUUCCUGACGCGGGACCUGAUGGAAAACGCAACCAGCUACGACGUCGCCAAAAUGACACUGUCCACGACAAAACUUCUCGCCCCCGUCUACUUCAUCCUCGGUGGAACCAAAUCUGGAGAGGCUGCCAUCAUAACGAGGAGCAGGAAUAGCGACCACGCGGACGUGUACCAGCUUUCGGACACAAAGGACAAGUGGUUUCUGCUAGAGACCAACUACGACCACUGGAAGACGCCGCCGUCGUACGACGAUCGCCGCGGCCCCGGUAUCAAGUGCAUGAGGAACAUGACACAGCAGGUGUGCCACAACACCAGGGAUCCCAGAGAUCAGACUGCAGACGACACGCUGAAACAGCCCCAGUGCUGCCAAAACACCAAAGGGCGAUUGUCGGACUCGGUACAGUCCUUUCAAACUGUUGAUUGUACGGAGCUCUGCGGACUCAUCGUUCAGCAUCAGCUGCUGGGAGACCUGCGCGAGGUCGAGUUUCGUGAAGAUGCAACUGGUGCCUAUUGCCGCAAACACUUCGGUGGUGGUCGCUCGAGGGUAAACAUUGCUUUUCACUGCCUUGUUCACCGUACUUCGAUAAUCCCCACACAGUCUCAGGGACCCACCUUUUUUUCUCACCACUACCAGUGGCGUCGCCCAGCUGGCAUACUGGGUAGGCUCCAAGAUGCCUUGCUUCUGGAGGCGGUCCAGCUCGUUGUUGACGUCUUCAAUAAGAGCAAAUGGCACCAAAUGACACUCGAGGAACUUAGGCUCGGCAGUGCCUUUCAGUUCAAUGUGAAGCGGUGCUCCUAUAAGUCCUAGCAAGUCAUUGCCGAAAAUCUCCUGAAGUUUCUGUUAGAUCCUCUUCGGAGCUGCUCAGCUUUUGGAUGCCUUGCAUUCCAGUUCCUAGCACCGGAAACCAGUUCUUGCCCAGUAAACUGUUGCCUUACCUGCCAACCACUAGCAAUGGUAACGUUGCAAUGUAAUCUCUAAACACAAUGUCCACCAUCGCUUUACUGAGAUUCGACAGCGUUUCAUAUGACCAGCUUGGUGCUUGAUUCAUGAUGGGGAUCUUUUUUCUUGAGCUUGCUUCAAUAUUGCUGUACAUGUGCACUGACUAUCAAACCGGGUGCAGCAGAGUCCACCUCAAUGGUGACUUGCUCAUUUGCAAGGGCAACCUCGAUCAUCUACUUCUUUUGUGCCUCGGCUAGCUCGCGAAGGAAUAACUCAUCCACUUCAUGGACCUGUUUUGCGUUGCCCUGCUUGCCUCCCGGCGCUGGCUUCACCGCCUGUUUUUUCAAACGGCACGCUGCCGCGAUGUGCCCUAGCUUCUGACCCUUAUAGCAUGUUGAAGUUUUGACCUUGCAUGAAGUUGGAAGAUGCUUACCGUCACAAUGGUAGCAACUCUCUUUCUUUUCGUGAGGCGAGCUCCUUUCUGCCGUUGUGUGCCUGCCGCCAUCGCCACCCAUGACGUGUCUUUCGAUCCUUGUUGAGAUCCUUCAGCUGCCUGGCUGCGGCUUCCGCCGUGAGCGCUAAGUCAUGCUCCACGUGGAACGUUAGCUUCUGUUCAACACGCAGCCUCUGUUGUAUCGCCUCGCUGCUAAUUCCCCACACAAAAUGGUCACGGAACACUAAAUCAACAAAUUGCAGAACGAUAGAAGGCACGCGCAGCAUUUUACGGCGUCCUGAAAAACCAC